AUGGGUCUCCGUAAUCAGGAAGUUCCCGCGUCAUCGUCGCAUUCGCUCCAUUCUUUGGAUGACGCGCCGCCACCUUACAGCGAUGAUCUCGAGUCCUUCCCCGUUCCGCCUGUCCCGCCGGCCCCUAACCAGCGUCACAUUGAGCCCCUCCGUCUGAUCGACUCUGCCUACGUCCUUCCAGGCGGAACCGACAUUAGACCAUAUGACAAAAUCGCCUUGACACUCGCGCCGAACCUGUCGACUAACAGCGAUGAGCUCUUCCAGGCCCUCAAGAAACAGAUCAAGCUGCCGUUACGCCCUCUCUUCUACGUGAAAGGCUCCCACACCGAGUCAAGCAACAAUGGAAAGAAGGACAAGAACAGCAACACCGUGACCGACUUCGAGUUCAAGCUGGAUCUCGCCGAGACCAUGCUUACCGGUUGGGAGGGCCGGCCGAUGGCGAUAAACUGGAUGGAGGUCGAGAUCGUCACAGAUGAGGACCAGAAGCCGGCCUACCGCGGAGGCAUCUGGCGCUCGCGCACAUACAAGCCCCCCAAGACGCGCCAGGCCAUCGCUCUCGGUGAUGACACCAAUGCCCUCCUUGGCGAAGACGCCAACGCCGACGGAUCGUUGAACAAGCUUCAAAGCGCCCUGAAACUAUGGUGCGAGCGGUUCUGCCAGGAUGCUGCACCCGUGAAAUCGUUCACCCUCCACCGCCAACUCAAUGGCUUCAACUCGAAUGCCCUGCGCAACGUCCUCUCCUCCCACAUUCGUGAACUCAACUACCGUGGCUCCCUCGACUUCUCUUUCUCCACUGCCCACAGCUCUGUAACAAUCUACUCUCCUCACUGGAUCAACCGAGUCCGCGCAAACCGCUACGCCUGGUGGAUUAUCGUGAUUCUGCAGCUCUGGAUAAUCACCUGGCCCAUCAUCUUCUUCAUGGAGAAGCGCUAUGAAGUCGCUCACGUAAAAUGGCACGCAUCUCUCGUGCCCGAAACCGAGUCUGCGUUGAUCAAAUGCUACGCUCAAGGCCGUGAUGAGUCUGCUCUGGGCGAGUACUGGGCGCCUGCUGUGAAGCAGGCUGCUUGGAGUCGCCGACGUGGUGGAGGUGAUGUUCUGACCAGGAUGGAUGCUGAGCGUGUGCAGGGUUAUUCUAUGCAGCAGUUGCUUGGCAUGCGUACUGAUACUUCCGAUUCUGAGCGGGAGCGUAGAGAGCGUGUGAGCAAUGGUACCGGUGGAUUCGUUGAUAAUGUCGUGGGGCUGGUCCGCGGUGUUAGUGAGGCUGGGCAGGAUUGGAGGAUGUCCAUGGGAUGGGGUGCUAACUCUUAG